AUGGGUACCACUGAGUUUUCAUGGAAGUUGGCCGACCACCCAAAGCUCCCGAAAGGAAAGACGAUUGCUCUUGUGGUUCUGGAUGGAUGGGGCGAGGCUGAUGCUGACCAGUACAAUUGCGUUCACGUCGCGGAGACGCCGACCAUGGAUGCCCUUAAAAAUGUAACUGCAUCAUAGAUCGCCUCUCGUUCUGUUUCUUACGAUUCUAGUGUUGAUUAUGCAUGUUGACUCUAAACAUUAUAUCCCCUAUUUAUCUUAUUGUUUUUAUCUUUUCUAUCCAACCUUUUUAUUAUUAUCACCGUUGUCCGUUACCCGACGACCAUUGCUUUAGCUUAGUAGGUGCCUUCUGCCAUGCUUGGUUGAAAGCCAUGGUUUCUGGAACCGUCAUGAAUAGUCAUCUAUCCCUUAGCAACAUUUGUAAUGCAUGUGACCGGAUGCUUUUUAUUUCAUGGUUAGUCUUCUUCUCCCCUGAUAUGAAUCGCCGUAUGUUUUCGCCCACACGAUUCCCUCUGAAAAUGGUUGCUCGGCUCAAUUGUAUAUUUACCCCAAACUUGCUCUCGUGAACAUGUAUACUUCAGGGGCACACGCUCCAGUUCACCAGUGAUACUUUUACUCAUGUUAUGGGCUUUUGGACAGAUUGCCGAGUUGUAGAAAUGGCUUUAUAGGCUCCUUUUGCAAACAUCAUUAAUUGGGAAGUGGUAUGCGAGCAGGGCUGUGCUCAGUUAUCCUGUUUUUAUUUUAUUUUAUUCUUACCAGAAUCCAUAUUGGAAUAAGUUACACUCUAUACAUCUGGAAUGUUUGAAGGAAUUGAAGUGUGUAUAUCUUCCCUAUCAUUGAUAUUAAAGAGUUCUGGCUUGGUGUCAUCUCUUCUGCAUUGUAUAUUACCUGCACAAACCUGUUGCAUGCUAUUAAUGACAAGAAAUUUCUGACCAAGGUCUUCAAGUUUUUUUACUGUGUGCUAUUUACUAUGAAUGUGCAAGAUUCUAAUAUUUCUUCAUAUUCAGGAUUCAUUAAACAUCAAUCUUUUGUCUCCUUCAACAGGGGGCUCCCGAGAGGUGGAGACUAAUAAGAGCUCAUGGAACUGCUGUGGGGCUUCCUUCCGAAGAUGACAUGGGCAACAGUGAAGUAGGGCACAACGCACUGGGUGCUGGGAGGAUCUUUGCUCAAGGGUAUAAACUCAAUGCCUCAUUUCUCUGCAUUGUCUAUAACCUUCUUUGAUUCUAUGAACAUAUUUAGAUUCACAAAAAAAAUGAUUGCUAAUUCUGGUGGCUGUCUAGGACUGUAGAGCUCCUGAAAAUUCUGGCUAUGGGCUGAACAAUUGCAAUGUUUUAUGGGUUCAACUUAAAUUGCUUAUUUCAGUUAUUGAAAGAAGCCGCUAAUCUUAAUGAUUUGACUGUUGACCUUGUUCUCUAGAUUAAUUUUCUCUGAUUCAUAUUUUCAUUUAUUCAGUAAAUGCAUUGUUUUACUUUUCCAUUUGGAUCCAUUUAUCAAUUUUUGCAAGUGUUCUGUUGUCCUCACUUCAUCUUAUUGGUAUCAGAAGAAAAGAGGAGGUAUAUAUAUAUUUGAAUUGAAAAGGAAGGUGUAUUGAUAGUAUAAGAAAAUGAAUUUCUUCUCAUCAUGCCAUUUGUAUUGUUUUUUUUUUUUUUGGGGCUUGGGGAGUGCUUAUAAGAUGGUUCUUCUUUAGAUGCUUGGAAAGUGGGUUAUUCUCUUUGUCUUGAGUGACCUCAUCCGAUCAUCUCUUACUUUAUUGAAUGGUGAUUCGUAGUAUUUUUUUUAGUUGCAUUAGUCCAGUAAUCUGUUAUCAAUGGAUAUUAUCUACUUAUGGUUAAUGAUCGGCAGCCUAUUGAUCUAUGUACACUUGUCUUGUAUGUAUGUCAGCUGUCAAUUUAUGUAGCUAUCUACAGCAAUGAUAGUCGAUCUCGUAUAUUUCUGACAUAUGUGUGCUCCUCUCUUAGUGCAAAGUUGGUAGAUCACGCACUGGCAUCUGGGAAGAUUUAUGAGAGUGAAGGCUUUAAGUACAUCCAAGAAUGCUUUGAUGAAGGCACCUUGCAUUUGGUUGGGCUACUUAGUGACGGAGGGGUCCAUUCUCGGUUGGAUCAGCUACAAGUAUGCGUUUUGCACUUGUCGCUCUUUGUUUUGAAUUUCUUUCUAACAAACAAUUUUUUAAACUAUAUUUCAUUUUCAAUGAUCUAGUUGCUACUGAAAGGUGCUAGCGAACAUGGUGCCAAAAGAAUACGGGUCCAUGUUCUUACUGAUGGCCGUGAUGUUUUGGAUGGUUCGAGUGUUGGUUUUGCUGAAACUCUUGAAAAUGACCUUGCAAACCUGCGGGAGAACGGCAUUGAUGCUCAAGUUGCAUCAGGUGGUGGUCGAAUGUAUGUCACCAUGGAUCGCUAUGAGGUACUUAUAGAGUUCUUUGUGCUAUUUUUCUGCUGCUAAAUCUUUUACAUGUUUAGGUUAAGUAUUGAUACGACAUGUAUAUUUUAAAUUUUAUCUUAUAUUUCAAACUUCAUUGCUCAAAUUAUCGUUUUUCAAGGGAAGGUCAUAUAUAUCCCCAGUUUUACCGAGAAUAUGAUAAAAAACAUUUCAAUAACGAGGCCGCAUAGUCAUCAGGCUUGACUGCUUGUUAAAGAGGACGCAAUACGUGAAUUUCUUGAAGAAAGAGUACAAGCAAUUACAUGAAUAUAGAUAUUACGUGGAUAUAUAUAUAUAUAUAUAUCCUUGUGAAAGAUUGCAGCAUGGGACGAAGUAAAGAGCACAUUGCAUGAAGGAAUGACAAACCCGGGAUCUAAUAACUGGAGUUGCAAGCAUUUUUCUUUUUGACGCCCUAUGAAAAAUAUUUUUCAUCAACAGAAUCUACGGCCAAAAAAAGAAAAAGCUUAAUGCUUGCAUCUGGUAGUUUAAAAAUUAAGCGGGAAAAUAUUAUGCGGUUUCAAUAUUUAGCAUUUUAUUGCGAGAAGCCCCCCUCGAUCCUGAUCAUGACUACAAUCUGUUCUAUACUAAUUUUAGACACCGAACUCCUACAUUCUCGCUAAAAUGCACACUAAAUACAUGUUUCCCCUUCAUUAUCAGCUUCAUUUCAAUCUAUUUGCGAUCCUUUACCUUUCGUCAAGGAUCGUUCUUGUUGAUGUUACUAAUCGUAUGUGAGUAUGAUACCAUGAAAUAGAAAUAAACUAGUGAUAAUCACGUCAUGUGGUUUCUUCUGCAGAACGACUGGGAAGUUGUCAAACGAGGAUGGGACGCCCAGGUUCUUGGUGAAGCACCGUACAAAUUUCGUAAUGUCGUUGAAGCUGUGAAGAAACUGAGAGAGAUUCCCAACAUCAGCGAUCAGUACUUGCCCCCUUUUGUUAUAGUCGAUGAAAGUGGCAAGGCAGUUGGCCCAGUAGUCGAUGGUGACGCCGUUGUGACAUUCAACUUCCGCGCAGAUCGUAUGGUCAUGACUGCCAAAGCUUUUGAAUACAAGGAUUUUGACAAGUUUGACCGCGUCAGGUUUCCAAAGAUCCAUUACGCCGGGAUGCUUCAGUACGAUGGUGAAUUAAAGCUUCCACACUACUAUCUCGUUUCUCCUCCAGAGAUAGAGAGGACCUCUGGUGAAUACUUGGUCUAUAAUGGUGUCCGGACCUUCGCUUGCAGGUAGGCAUCUUGCAGGAACAUAAAAUUAUGAUUUUUUCAAUUUUUCUUUAAUUAUUUUUUAUGUCAGUGUUUUUCUUGCAUAACUGGUAGAAUAUUCUUCUGCAUCAUCUCUCACCUUUCUGUUAAUGUUGAGACAUGAUUUUAGUAUAGUCAACGGUUGAGCUCAAUCUGUCGCUGUCAUCAUCUGGUUUUUGUCUGUUAAAAGUCAAGUCAACCGAUGAUCAUCUUACCUUUCUGUACUUGUGGAGCUAUCAUCUGAAUAUAUAUUCAGUGGUUGAACUGAUUUUACCAUCAUCAUCGGGUUUUUCCCCCUUUUUCUUGAUCGUCGUGGAUGGGACGGAAGUCAACUGAACAUCCGCUUUUGGUGUGGCAGUGAGACCGUCAAGUUCGGCCACGUCACCUUCUUCUGGAAUGGCAACCGUUCCGGUUACUUUGACUCCUCCAUGGAGGAGUACGUUGAAAUCCCCAGCGACAGUGGAAUCACCUUCAAUGUCAAACCGAAGAUGAAAGCACUGGAGAUUGCCGAGAUGGCCAGGGACGCCAUCCUCAGUGGCAAGUAUCAGCAGGUGCGUUGACUCUCUCGCCAAUGCAGGUACCACACGUGCUUAGGGAUCUCUCUCACACCUGUGUAAAUUCCACUGCAGGUCCGGGUCAACGUUCCCAACGGAGACAUGGUGGGUCACACCGGGGACAUUGAAGCCACUGUCGUUGCCUGCAAGGCGACUGACGAGGCCGUCAAGGUGCUGGCUGCCUUUCGACCAUCCCAUUUGUUGCAUCAUAUAGUCAACGCUCUGCAGCUGCUGCUAAAGUCAAAACCCUCGCAUUUUUUCACUGGGCAGAUAAUACUAGACGCGGUGGAGAGGGCCAACGGGAUCUACGUCAUCACGGCGGACCAUGGCAAUUGCGAGGACAUGGUGAAGAGAGACAAGAAGGGCAAGCCGCUGCUGGACAAGGAAGGGAAUAUCCAAGUCCUCACCUCUCACACUCUCCAGCCGGUCAGAAACUCCCUCCUCCCCCCUUCUUUCCAUUUAUAGAAUAAUCGGCGGGAUCGCCGUUUUUGAAUCAUUUCCCUGAAAUGAUGCUCACGAUCACUGUUCUUGCUCUUGAUCGGCAGGUGCCCAUCGCCAUCGGAGGGUCCGGGCUCCCCGCCGGCGUCAGAUUCAGGGCGGACGUGCCGGACGGCGGCCUGGCAAAUGUGGCGGCGACGGUGAUGAAUCUCCACGGGCUCGAGGCCCCCGCUGACUACGAGCAGACCCUCAUCGAAGUCGUUGACUAG